CGGCGGAUGGCGGCAUUAUAACCCAAUAGCUCGUUCGUGUAUUCUGGCUUUUAAAUUUUCUUUGAAAGGCGCGUGCGUAUACUACACUUACAACGCAACAUAGUAAUAGUAGAACGUAGUAAAAGAGGAGAAGUAGUAGUAAAGUCGAGCGUAGUAGUAGUAAAAAGCGGCGCGCGCAGCUUACUCCAAGUGCUUCCAACAGUUUCGAACGACGCAGCACAGCAGUACGGCACAACAGGCAACAUCGCCCGACGCAGGAAGAGAGAAAGAAACGCCGCGGCCUGCGAGUUGCGAUAGAGAAUCGAGCAGCGAAGAGAAGGUAGUUCUCCCAAAGGAGUCUCUCGCCAGUGCUAUCUAACAACAGCGAGCUCAACGUUUCGCGUAUUAUUGUGUACAUACUUAACGUAUACGCCUAUACGUCCCAACAUAUAUAUGCGACUCAUAUAUGUGUAGACGAGAGUUUGCCUCGUGUGUUCUUCAGGCCGACUCUUUUUAACAAUCCCCUGGUUCGGAUACUUUGAUCAGGUACACAAUUGCAACGCAUCGGCCUUUCGAUGUAUUUACUUUAAAGAAUUAGUGCGGAGGCGUGAAUCAAGAGGUUGCUUGAAGCAAUGAGUCUAAUCAUCAAUUCUUCUCCUUUAGCAGGUACCCAAAAACCCAAUGUCGGCUGGAAAAGAAAAGCUGCAACGACGGAUGAUGAAGACGAAACAAGGGGAGAAACAAAAAAAUCUAAAUACCAAUGGUAUUUUACGCUGGAAAGUGAAUCUUCAAACCCUACAGAUGAAGACGCAGAAUCAGUUUAUACUGUUCAAGGAGAUGAAACAGAAUAUGUACAAGACACAUCAGACAUAUCAGACACAUCUACAGACGCAUACAUGAGCGGUGGUGAAAAUGAUCAUGAUGUUUCCAUUCAUGUGGAAUUUGAAAUAGAUUCUGAACCCAAUAAUAGUAUUAAUAAUUCUUCUGCUUCUUCAGAGCCUGAGAACUUUCUUGCAAAUUAUGUUUCAUAUUCUGAGACUGAGGGGAUGGCAGAUGACAGUGACAUUUCUAGAUCUUCGUUGGAUAGUGAAGUCUCUCACUAUAUCUUCAAACUUUGCUUGCAGUGCAAAACUUUAAAUACUAAUCCUCUAUUUCGUUAUUGUCAAAAAUGUUAUCAGACAAAGAAAAGUCAACAUCCGCGAAUAAACCCGAGGAGGAUGAGCAAAUCUCAAAGUCAACUAAGCCAACUGAGCCAACUAAGCCAACUGAGCCAAUCGAGCAGUCAGCCUUCAGAAAGGCAACAGUUACAAUCCCAAUCGCUGACGCAAAUCCAACGACAAUUGAGCGAAGCGUCAACAGUCGUUUUGGGAAAUUCGCAAGAGCUAGGCUCAAUGGACUCGGGUAUUGCAACGAGCCAAUGCGAUUUAGACUCGGGUAUUGCAUCAGGGUCGAGCCAAGAAGUUGAGGUGUUGCUUGCUGGAAGUAGGACAUCCACAAGGAUAUCCCAACGCGAAGAAAUAGAUUCGGGCCAUGCACCUACCGAAGGUGAUUCGGAUCACUCUUAUUCGCAUAGCGAUGUCAGUACUGGUUUAAACCUGACCAAAGACAAGACAAGUGAGUUCCAAUCGUCUUCGAGCGAAAUUCGAACGCCACGCCAACCUAAGUCGCUAAUGCGACUACUUCAGCAGCGUCAUCGCCGCGACUUGGCUAAUAUCAGCGCCAGCAGUGGAAUAAGCAGUGGCAGCGGCAAUACCAGUGGCACUAUACCAAAGAAUUCAUCAUUAACAUCGUUCUCAGAGAGCGAGUUAACGAUAGCAUCGUCGACAGACAGCGGUCAGCAGAAGUGUCAUACUUGUGAUGAAAACCAAAGAGAUGCCGUUUUCGUCCACGGCAAAACAUGCCACAUAUUCUGCUGUUACACAUGCGCCAAAAAAUCGUGGGUCACCCAUAAUCGGCGCUGCCCAAUUUGCAAUCGUCAAGUCACACAAAUUCUCAAAGCAUUUUACUCGUGAGUUACAAAGAGAUAUAGCUAUCAAUACAACCAGCUCGUGAACAAUCAUUUACAAAUGCUGCCGAGAGCUGACUAAGAUGUCCCGACGAUCAUGAACGGGGCGGAGUCCGGCACUGAGUUCUGGAUCUAAUGUGGUACACAUUUUUUCUCGUACCGGAGAGUUCUGGAGCAAUGACGUGAAGAGAAGCUUGGGCGGAUUUUUGUGAAUGUCGCUAUUUGUACAAAUUUAGCUUUAAGCAGUAACUUUUGAUCGAAGUUUUAUUAUUGUGAUCAAGUCGUUAAAUUUCAAUUCAAGUUUGAUCACAUUAAUACAUUUAAAUUGACAUAUUCUUUCAAUUUUAAUGCCACAAAAUAAGUAAGAAUUCGAAAAUUUAUUAUUAGUUAAAAUUUCUUCUGAUGUGAAGAGUAUUUUCGAUUAUUUAAUUUGAAAGUUGCAUAGAUGAAACGAUUUUCCUUAAAAUCGUCAAUAAGAGACUUAUGUAUAUAGUAGGCAAAUAUAAUUAAAAAAUAAUCAAUGCAACUAAUUUUUGAAAUUUAGGUUUACAUUAUAUGUAUACUUACAUAUAAAAUAACGGUGCAAUAAUUCAAGUGGAAAAUCUACUUGGUACAAAUUAAAAUUAAUAUUAAUAAUGUUUACGACAAAGAUACUCUUAAAAUCUUCUAUUAUAAAAUAUUAUUAAAAUUAUUCCAAUUCAAAUGCAAAUUGAAAUGUUCAAUUUGUAAUGAGUAAAAAGACUAACUUGCUCAAAAAAUACUUGAAGUAUUUAAAAAAAGGAAUUCGGAACGAAUUGUUCGAACAAGUGUCAGCCUAGUUUCGUAAAGAAAAGCGUACCAAGUUGAAAAAUUUUGAAUUUAAAUCAAAGGGCGGUUUUUAAAAAUUUGUUCUGAAAACAUUGAGUCGGAUAGUUCAAAAACUAUUUUUUUCUAAUGGAUCAAUCAAUGUCACUGAUAAUGUAAAGUAGCAUGAAUGUUUUGAACGAGAGUAGAUUUCAACUUGCCCGCGAAUACGCGUGAAAUACGAAAUAAGAUCUAAUAAAGAAUAAAGUACGUAUAAAUAUAAAUAAGUUUUGAAAAUGAAAAAGUAUUCAAAUUUAAUGAAAAGGUACUCUUGUACAGUGUAAAAAAAAAUAAGAUUCAUAUUUUGAGUAACUUUACACACUAAGUUUCAAUACAGUAAAUAACUAACUUUAUUUCAAUACAUUCAU